AAUUUUAAACCCAGCACUGGCCUAACGUAUUGAAAAUUUUGUGUUAUGAAAAUCGCUCGCAAGAGAACUGAUACUUUUUACAUUAAAAUGUGUUUACAAGCGAGCCCAUGGAUAUAAAUACACGUAUUGACCUGUAAUAAGUAAUAGGGACUUGUGAACAUAAUAGGACCCUCUUCAUAAAGUUAUUGAAUGAAUAUUACUUAAUCCUAAUUCCUUGCGUUUAAAAUACAUAAAUAUAGAAAUCGAAACUGCCAGUUUUUUUGAUAGAGUUUCAAUUUGCCUAUUUUAUCAUUAUUGGUCAGAUAACUCUGCUGGCUAAUCCUGUGUAUUUAACCAUGUCUAGAUGUCCCAAGUGUAAAUAUAAGAACUCCGAAAAUUAUAAGUUUUGUUCUAACUGUGGUGUCAAAAACGAUGAUACCCGUGUUUCAUGCACCUACCACUUCGUGGUAAUGGGUAGUGGAGGAGUUGGAAAGAGUGCUAUUACUAUCAGAUUCGUGAACAGGCAUUUCGAGGCAAAGUAUGAUCCUACAAUUGAAGAUCGCUAUCAAAAAGUUAUAGACUACCAAGGAGUUCUGUGUGUUCUGGAAAUCUUAGAUACUGCUGGACAAGAAACAUUUUCUGCAAUGCGUGAGCUAUACAUGAAAAACGGAGAAGGAUUUGUUCUUGUAUAUAGUAUCACAUCCCAGCGCAGUUUAGAUGAUCUAGAACCUAUUCGAGAUGGAAUAUAUAGACACAAGGCCAAUAGCUAUGUCCCAAUGGUUCUGGUAGGCAAUAAAUGCGACCUUGAAAAAAAACGAGAAGUUAAUACAAAAAAGGGCAAAGAAUUGGCAAAAUAUUUUGGCUUUCCCUUUCUCGAGAGCUCCGCAAAAUUCGACUUGAACAUUACAGAGAUAUUCAGUUCUUUAAUAGAUCAGAUUUGGAGCAGAAGCGGAGGCCCACCUACUGAAAAAAAGAAAGGACGAUGCUCUAUACUCUAGGUCAGUUUUGGUAAUUGACGUUUUGGCAUUUCAACUGGCUACUUGCAUGGAUAAUACGUCAAUUUUCGAAUAUUGGGUUAAGGCUAAUACUUCUGAGCAAAAACUUAUCACAGCUUUGUGUAUUUUACCCAAACUAUAUCUUAGAUACUGGAGCUUGUCCGAAUUUAGUGGUUCAGUUUCAUCAGCUAUGCACCCUGUAUACCUUUAUUAUGAAAUUAGCAGAUGUAGAGCAUAAUCGAUCCUUUUUAUAAACUAAAGGCGAUGAUGAUGUAGUAUA